GCUGUGCGCUCUGGGCGCGCGUAAUGUGAAGCUCGGCGGGCCGCAGCGCGAACGGACGCACUGACCGGAGAGGAGCGGCGACCCCUCGCGGACAUUCGGCUGCGCGCCGCCUCGGGGACUCGCCCUUUCGCUCGCCCUUGCGCGCGCCCCGUGCCCCCCUGUGCACCGGCGGGACCAUGAAGAAGUUUUCUCGGAUGCCCAAGUCCGAGGGCGGCGGAGCUGCGGGUGGCGGGGCCGGCGGGGCUGGGGCCGGCUCCAGCUCGGGAGGUUCGUCCGUGGGAGUCCGGGUGUUUGCGGUCGGACGCCACCAGGUCACCCUGGAGGAGUCACUGGCCGAAGGUGGAUUCUCAACGGUUUUCCUGGUGCGGACUCAUGGUGGCGUACGGUGUGCAUUGAAACGAAUGUAUGUCAAUAACAUGCCAGACCUCAACAUUUGUAAAAGAGAAAUUACAAUUAUGAAAGAGCUAUCUGGUCACAAAAAUGUUGUGGGUUAUUUGGACUGUGCUGUUAAUUCAAUUAGUGAUAAUGUAUGGGAAGUGCUUAUCUUAAUGGAAUAUUGUCGAGCUGGUCAGGUCGUGAAUCAAAUGAACAAGAAGCUGCAGACAGGUUUUACGGAACCAGAAGUGUUGCAGAUAUUCUGUGAUGCCUGUGAAGCUGUUGCAAGGCUGCAUCAGUGUAAGACUCCAAUAAUUCACCGGGAUCUGAAGGUAGAAAAUAUUUUAUUGAAUGAUGGUGGAAACUAUGUACUUUGUGAUUUCGGCAGUGCCACUAAUAAAUUUCUUAAUCCUCAAAAAGAUGGAGUGAAUGUAGUUGAAGAAGAAAUUAAAAAGUACACAACUCUGUCAUACAGAGCCCCAGAAAUGAUCAACCUUUAUGGAGGGAAACCUAUUACCACCAAGGCUGACAUCUGGGCACUCGGAUGUUUGCUCUACAAACUUUGUUUCUUCACUCUUCCUUUUGGGGAGAGUCAGGUUGCUAUCUGUGAUGGCACCUUCACCAUCCCGGACAAUUCUCGUUACUCUCAUAACAUACAUUGCUUAAUAAGGUUCAUGCUUGAACCAGAUCCAGAGCGUAGACCUGAUAUAUUUCAAGUGUCCUAUUUUGCAUUUAAAUUUGCCAAAAAGGAUUGUGUAGUCCCCAACAUCAAUAAUUCAUCUAUUCCUUCAUCUCUUCCUGAACCGAUGACUGCUAGUGAAGCAGCUGCUAGGAAAAGCCAAAUAAAAGCAAGGAUAACAGAUACCAUUGGACCAACAGAAACCUCAAUUGCACCAAGACAAAGACCAAAGGCCAACUCUACCACUGCCGCUCCCAGUGUUCUGACCCUUCAAAGCUCAGCAACACCUGUUAAAGUUCCCACUCCUAGUGAAUUUGGUAACCACAGACCAAAAGGAGCACUGAGAUCUGGAAAUGGCCCAGAAAUCUUAUUGGGUCAGGAGCCCCCUCAGCAACCUCCACAGCAGCAUAGAGUACUUCAGCAACUACAACAGGGAGAUUGGAGAUUGCAGCAGCUUCAUUUACAGCAUCGGAAUUCUCACCAGCAGCAGCAGCAGCAGCAGCAGCAGCAGCAGCAGCAGCAGCAGCAGCAGCAGCAGCAGCAGCAGCAGCAACUACUUCAGGAUGCUUAUAUGCAGCAGUAUCAACAUGCAGUGCAGCAGCAACAAAUACUUCAGCAACAGUUUUUAAUGCAUUCAGUGUAUCAGCAGCAGCCUUCUGCAUCACAGUAUCCUACAAUGAUGCAGCAAUACCAGCAGGCUUUCUUACAACAGCAGAUGCUAGCUCAACAUCAGCAGUCUCACCAGCAAGCAUCACCAGAAUAUCUUACAUCCCCUCAAGAGUUCUCACCAGCCUUAAUAUCCUACCCUUCAUCACUUCCAGCUCAGGUUGGAACCAUUGUGGACUCUUCUUAUAGUGGCAAUAGAUCAGUUGCUGAUAAAGAAACAACUGCAAAUUUUCCAAAUCAGAAGAACAUCAGUAACCCUCCUGAUAUGUCAGGGUGGAAUCCUUUUGGAGAGGAUAAUUUCUCCAAGUUAACAGAAGAGGAGCUCUUGGACAGAGAAUUUGACCUUCUGAGAUCAAACAGGCUCGAGGAGAGAGCACCCUCAGAUAAGAAUGUAGACCCACUUUCUGCUCCACAUAACCAUCCUCCAGAAGAUCCUUUUGGUUCUGUACCUUUCAUUUCUCACUCAGGUUCCCCUGAAAAGAAAGCUGAAUCUGUAUCCAGGAAUCAAGAAAACAGCAAUGCAAAUGCUAUCAAGAAUAGAAAAGCAAGUCUAGUAUCUAAAGAUAACCGGACUGAAAAGAAACCUGCAGAGAAUUCAUCAGUACAGAGUCAAGUGCAAAAGGGGAAUGAUGAAUCUGAAAGUGAUUUCGAAUCAGAUCCCCCGUCUCCUAAGAGUAGUGAAGAGGAAGAGCAAGAAGAUGAAGAUGUCCUUCAGGGAGAACAAGGAGAUUUUAAUGAUGAUGAUAUUGAGCCUGAAAAUCUGGGCCAUAGACCCCUCCUUAUGGAUUCUGAAGAUGAAGAAGAAGAAGAAAAACAUAGUUCUGAUUCUGAUUAUGAACAGGCCAAAGCAAAGUACAGUGAUAUGAGUCCUGUCUACAAAGAUAAAUCAGGCAGUGGACAAAUCCAAGAUGCUAGUAUAAAACCACUCCUUACCCCAACCCAGUUACCUUCUGGUGUUGGGGUAGAGAUGCCCAAACAGGAGUUUGAUGUAUUUGGUGCUGUCCCCUUUUUUGCCAUGCACACACAACUCCAGCAAAGGGAGAAUGAAAAGAACCUAUCUCAACAGACCCAUGUUCCUCCUGUGGGACUAGAGCAAGAAGAAUUCGAUGUAUUCACAAAGGCACCCUUUAGCAAGAAGGUCAGUGUAGAAGACUGCCAGGUGGUGGGGUCUGAAGCGCAAACUCUCCCUGGUUGUCCUCAAAGUGUAGAUAUAUUUGGCUCCACUCCAUUUCAGCCCUUCCCCACAUCAGUAAGUAAAAGUGAAAGCAAUGAGGAUGUUUUUGGACUUGGACCCUUUGAGGAAAUAACUGGAAACCAGCAGCAAAAAGUCAAACAGCGCAGCUUACAGAAACUCUCUUCUCGCCAAAGGCGAACAAAGCAGGACAUGUCCAAAAGUAAUGGGAAGAGGCAUCAUGGCACACCAACCAGCACAAAAAAGACUUUGAAACCUACCUUCCGCACCCCAGAGAGAGCUCGCAGGCACAAAAAGGUGGGCCGUCGAGACUCUCAGAGCAGCAAUGAAUUGUUAACCAUCUCGGACUCCAAGGAGAACAUUAGUGUGGCACUGACUGACGGGAAAGACAGAGGGACUCUCCUGCAGCCUGAAGAGAGCCUGUUGGACCCCUUUGGUGCCAAGCCCUUCCAUCCUCCAGAGCUGACACGACACCCUUCACAUCCAGGACUGAGUGAUCUCCGUGCCGACCACAAUACUGUUCUGCCUGGGCGGCCAAGGCAGAAUUCACUGCAUGGGUCAUUCCAUAGUGCUGAAGCGUUGAAAAUGGAUGAUUUUGGUGCCGUACCCUUUACAGAACUUGUGGUGCAAAGUAUCACUUCACAUCAGUCCCAACAGCCCCAGUCAGUUGAAUUAGACCCAUUUGGUGCUGCUCCAUUUCCUUCUAAACAGUAGACACUUCUUAUGGGUUCUUGGCAUUAACUCCUGUUUCAAAAAAGUAUGAAGAGUUUGUUUUAUGAAUUUGAAAGAAAAUUCGUGUAUAGUUCUUUGUAUUAUUCAUUCUUACAGGUCAAUUAGAAGAAGUUAAGUGAUUUUUUAAAUAGACCAAAUAGAAAAA